AUGCUUGGUCGUUUACACCGUACCAUAGCCUCUGCCAUUCCGCUCGCAGGUCUUUUCAGUAGAAACUCGAACUUUGCUCCUCCUCAAUUUUCAAUGGCAUCGUCUGAUAAAGUUGAAGUAGCCACUUUUGCUUCGGGCUGCUUCUGGGGUACCGAACAUAUUUUUGUCAAGCAUUACAAAGAUAAAGGACUUUUGAAGUCGCAAGUCGGUUUUACCGGAGGAGAUGUCGAGAACCCCACGUACCGCCAAGUAUGCAACAAAGAUACCGGACAUGCCGAAGCGGCGAGAAUAGAAUUCGAUCCGACCCAAGUAGGAUAUGCCGAGCUUCUGCUGAGGACCCAUAACGGUCCAGAGUUUUUCUAUCGCACGCACAACCCUACAACUUUGAACAGGCAGGGUAACGAUAUAGGGCCUCAGUACCGCUCAGCUAUUUUCACCCAUUCUCCGGAACAAGAGCGCAUCGCAAAAGAGGUAACCGCAAAUGUCCAGGCAAAACACUUUGACCCCGAAGGCUUGAAGAUCGUCACUGCCAUUCUUCCAGCUGGCGAAUGGUGGCCCGCGGAGGAGAGCCACCAGAUGUAUUUAUUCAAGAAUCCAAGCGGAUACCAGUGCGAGACACAUCGCUUGCAUUGGUAA